GUGCUGGGGGCUGGCAGAGUUCAGCCUUAAAGAAAACAUCAUGUGAAAAAAAGUAUAAAAAGAAACGAAUCUGACACUAUUGGCUAUUCGUAUCAAUCAUUUUUGCUCCACGCCUUUGGGAAUACCCUGCGAUUGGACAAAGGAGCGAAUGGCAAAUGAAGAAAGAGUAUAGAUAUCUCAAAGGUAUCAUGCAGGUCAACGAUGGCUCCCACCGCUCCCACAUAUUCGUGCCCCCACCCAACGGUGCUAGCCACCGCUCACCGGGCUGCGUCCCCGGCCGGAUCGCCCCUGUCCGCUCCCCUCCUCCGCCCCGGAUCCCGCCUCCGCCCCCGCUGAAGCCCCUGCCCCCCCCCGAGCGGCAGGCCGCCUUCAGCUUCACGGAGGAGCCCAGGGCCCGGGGCCCCGUCCAGAGGAAGAACACGCUCGUCUGCUUCGCCGUCUCGCUGGGAGCGCUGUUCCUCACCAUCGUCCUGGUGCUCAGCCUGACCACGUCUGACGUCCUGGAUGAAAACUGCCCGGAUCAUAAUCCCAGCCUCAGAAAGUGGAACCCGGGGCAGGACCCUACGAGGGCGAUGGUUAUCCGGAAGGGGGAUCAGGUCCGCCUGGACUCCUCCGCCACCCUGCAGUCCAUUACCAUCCAGAAAGGAGGUGUGCUGGUUUUCGCCGACGACUCCAGCGGCUCUAAAAACAUCACCCUGCGGACGCGCUACAUCCUGAUCGAGGACGGGGGCGCCAUGCACAUCGGGGCCCCUAAGUGCCGCUACCGGUCCCGCGCCACCGUCGCCCUGCUGGGCCGCUCCGACGAGCGGGAGCCCCCCGAGGUGCCCGGGCUGGGCAGGAAGUUCAUCGGCGUGCGGGAGGGCGGGACCCUGGAGCUCCACGGCACGCCCAAACUGUCGUGGACCCUCCUGACCCGGACGGUGCCCGCGUCCGGGCUGGCCACGGGGGGCUACGCCUUCCAGAGGAACUUCAGCCGCGGGAUCAACCUGCGCGUGGUGGACCAGGACACGGGCGCGGUGCUGGACUCGGACCGCUUCGACACGCACGACUCGCGCAACGACAGCCGCCGCCUCCACCAGCUGCUGCGGAGCCUGCCCGCCGGACGCAUCGUCGCCAUGGCGGUGGGAGACUCGGCCGCCAAGAGCCUGCUGGACGAGACCAAGAGGACCAUCCAGGACCUUCUGGGGAGCACCUUCGUCAACGACCUCAAAUACAGACAGGCGUGGGCGCUGGUGUCUGUGAUUGGCGGGGGUAACGGCUCCUGCUCGGAGGACAUGCGGGAACACGAGAACCACGACACGGGCGGCCAGGCGCUGGCCCGUCACGACUACGUCACCGUGGACGGUGUCCGCUUCUCCGUCACCGCCUACAGCGAGUGGCGAAAUGGGUUCCCCAUAUCCGGGUUCCAGGUGGACACUGUGGACCAGGUGGUUCUGAACCUGCAGGACGACGCUCGGAGCUGGAGGCCCGGGGAUCGGAUCGUCGUGGCCAGUACCGACUACUCCAUGUACCAGGCCGAGGAGUUCACCCUCCUGCCCUGUCCGGACUGCACCAAGAACCAAGUCAGGAUACGCGGGAAGCCCCAGUUCACCCAUGUGGGGGAGAUUUUGGACGGGGUCGAUAUGAGAGCAGAAGUAGCCAUCCUGUCCCGUAACAUCCUGAUCCACGGAGAGAUGGAGAACUCCUGCUAUGGGGAAAACUGGUGCCAAUUCUUCAGCUACGACUCCUUUGGAGGACACAUAAAGAUCUUUGAGAACUUCACCUCCGUGCACCUGUCCCACGUGGAGCUGAAGCACAUGGGGCAGCAGGUGAGGGGCAGGUACCCCGUGAACUUCCACCUGUGUGGGGACGUGGAUGAGAGGGGAGGGUACAGCUCGCCCACCUACCUGGACUCCCUGUCCAUCCACCACUCCUUCUCCCGCUGCGUCACAGUCCACGCCACCAACGGCCUGCUGAUAAAGGACACCGUUGGCUACGACACACUGGGACACUGUUUUUUCCUGGAGGACGGCAUUGAGAAACGGAACACUUUCUUCCACAACCUGGGGCUGGUGACCAAGCCAGGAACCAUCCUACCGACCGACCGUAACGAGACCAUGUGCACCACCAUCAGAAACAAAGUGUUUGGAAAAUAUGUGCCUGUACCAGCAACAGAAUGCAAGGCUGUGUCUACAUUCUGGAUUGCGAACCCUGACAACAACCUGAUCAGCAAUGCAGCGGCAGGCUCCCAGGAUGCCGGGAUCUGGUAUGUUUUCCACAGCGCCUCCACCGGCGACUCCCACGGGAAGGUCCCCGAAACCAAGUCUGAGCUCACCCCUCUGGGAAUAUUCUACAACAACCGAGUGCAUUCCAACUUCAAGGCUGGCCUCUUCAUCGACAAAGGUGUAAAGACCACCAACGCCAGUGUGGCUGACCCCCGAGAGUACCUGUGUCUGGACAACAAUGCCAGGUUCCGUCCCCACCAGGACGCUGACCCUAACAAGCCCCGCGUGGCGGCCAUCAUCGACACGCUCAUCUCCUUCAAGAACAACGACCUGGGAGCCUGGAUCCGGGGCGGUGACAUCAUCAUUCGGAACUCCGCAUUCGCUGACAACGGCGUGGGCCUUUCGUUCGCAAGUGACGGCAGCUACCCGAAGGACGAGGGCUCGAGCCAGGAGGUGACCGAGUCGCUGUUCGUAGGCGAGAGCAGGAACCGCGGCUCCAACGGCGGGCAGAAUAAGUACUGGGGUGCUGGAGGAGUGGACGGAGGGAUGAGGACUCAGCCCCGGAACAAGACCUUCCCCAUCCGGGGGUUCCAGAUCAACGACGGGCCCGUGCGCCUGACCAGCAGCACCUUCCGGAACUACGUCCCCAUGGCGGACCGCUUCACCAGCGCCGUGGGCUUCAACCUGAAGAACACCUGGCAGCUCACGCCCAGGAACAACCUGUCCUCCAUCAGCUUCGAGCCCAGCGUGGCCCUGAAGGCGUUCUUUGGGAAACCGGGGCAGUGGUUUGAGGAGAACGAGCUGGACGGGGAUAAGAACUCGAUAUUCCACGAUGCGGACGGGUCGGUGACGGGUUACCCCGACUCGUACGCUGCCAGACUGGACAACUUCCUGGUCCGACACCCCAAGUGUGUCAACGUCACCGAGUGGAACGGGCAAGUGUGCAGCGGCAAAUACUCUCAGGUGUAUAUCCAGACUCUGGGUUCGUCCAGCCUCAGUCUGUCCAUCAGCAGGGAUGAGUACCCGGAGAAUCCCAUGGUCCUGAGAGGAAUCAGCAGCCAGGGGGCGCCGUCGCAACAGUACCAGCCCAUCCUCAUGAUCGGGAAGAGCUACACCCUGCACUGGAGCGGCAAGGCCCCGCGGGAGAUCGUCCUGUCCCUCAUCAACUUCAACAAGGGCGACUGGGUCCUGGCUGGCCUCUGCUACCCCCAGGACACUGAAUUUCAGGUCAUGGCAGACACCAACGACCGGCAGAGCAACACCUUCGACAACAUCGAGGACUACGGUCCCGUGAGCUCUCUGGCCGAACUCGAGCGGAGGGCCCAGGACAGGAAGUACUUCUUCGACGGACCCGCGGGGCUCCUGUGGCUGUUCCUGCGGUCGCGGUACGACCGGGACGGGCAGAGCUACUGCUCGGCGAAGGGGUGCGAGAGGGUGAAGAUCACCGCCCUCAGCCCCAGCAAACAGACCAGCAACUGCAUGGCCAAAGCCUACCCCAAAUACAGGAAACCCCCCCAAGCCAUCGUCCCCAUGCCCAAGCGCAUCGCCACGUCCUGCCAGGGCUGCGGGGCCUCCAAGCUGACGGUCACCAGCGACCCAGAGAACGUCUACCUCCAAGCGCAGAUCAAAUCACUCAGCCAGGACGAGGAAACGAAGGGAGACGCCGAAUCCUUCAUCACUGUGAACGGUCAGAAGCGAUCCUUCACCGAACGGGGCUUCUUCCUGGUUACGGUGGACGGCUGCACUGGCAAAGUCACAAAGCAAACAUUGUUCCCCAAGCUGGACUCCAAAAUGGAACAGUAUUUCAAAACUGGAAUUCCGAGGAGGUCCGUGGUCCUUCUGGCCACACGGGGGCAGCUGGGGGACCACGCCCGGCUCGGGCAACUGCUCGUCCCACUAGGGGCGGCCAAAGCUGCUGACCUCCAGAAGAAGGAGAGCCUGGCCUUCUUCGGGUUCCAAGGGGCCCAGGUCGCCCCUCCCUGGGUGGGACUGUUCACGGGCCAGGAGACGGAGAGUCUCGGAGUGCUGGAAAAGUUUUUGCCCGUGGGAACGGAGGAGUAUUCCUGCGAGCGUGCGGAUCAACACAAACCAAAGAGGAAAGACCUGGAACUGCUAGAGGAAGCUUUAAACCGCGAUUAAAACACCUUCCCCUUUAUCACUUUUUUUUUUGGUUUGAUUUCGUUUUUUUCUUUUUUCUUUUUUUUUUUUCAAAAUGUGAAAACAGAACUAAUGUGAACUUUGUGAACUUUAUUUAUUUAUGGCAGAAAUGUUCUAAGGGUAUUUUUUAUUUUAUUUUCUUUUAUUACUUUUCUUUUUUCUUCAUUGCCGAAACCUCGAGUUUGGGUUGCCAUGCGUGAUGCACUUUCUUCAGUCCGGUCUUCGGUCGCGCGCAAAAACCGUCGUCCGCGGAUCUGACGCAAGAGAAAUGAAACCUCUCAGAGGAAAACGGAAAAGCUUUUUGAAGGCACGUUCCUUUUUUUUUUAUCCGGUCUGUCCGUUUCCUUUUGAGCGAGACAGCUCAUUAUCCAAUCCGCCUCGGCCGGAAAUAAUUCCUCCCUCAGUACUGUGCAUUGUGCCGCGCAAGAAUGCGCCCAUUCAAAGAAGAAUGUUUGAUGUUUCAUUAUUAUUAUUAUUAUUUUUCUUCUUUUUGUUGCAUUUUUUGCACGUUUCGGGUUAUUCGUUGAUCUAAUGGGAGCGCUCUGGAUGGUAUAAAAGUCAUUUAUGUCAAGUGCUGUCAGUCAGUUUCAGUGAGCUCACAGUAUUUGUAGCGCCAUAUAGGUGGGCUGUCAGAUCUUUUAUCAAGAUUUCUAAAGUCGCGUGUAAAACAUUGUAAAAUACAUAUUUAUACUGUCAGUGUAAACAUGGAAGAGAUUGUCACAGAUUGGAUGUGUGAAUGGCGCAUUGUUGUUUGCCAUUUUGUUGUAUUAAUAGCCACUGAAACUGAGUUUACAACUUGAUGCUCCAUUUCAUGCCAUUAUGGAACAUAUUCUUAGACAUCUUUUUUGUAAUGCAAGGGAUUGUGGAUCGAUACCAAAGCCUGGCGUAUUUUUGCUUUUUAGAAACCGUUUAAUGAGGAAAAUGUCACUGUAAAAAGAAAAGCAUUGAUAUGUAUUUAAAUAUGGACUUGAAACCUGGCCUGACUGUCUACGGGACUGGAGCAAGGAUUUCUACUGAAGAGUGAUUGGUCAUCUUCAGGAUGAUGUCACAAGCAAUCGAAGUUUGUGACUCUUGAAGUUUGCCAUGGCGACAGUCCCACCAGCUGCUAUUGUCCAUGUGGUGUUACGACAGACUUCUGUGAAAUGCUUUUCAACCUGGAACCCGCAAUCCAUUUCAGUCGAACUCACGAAUUUAAGUUAACUAAAUGAAUGCCAAAUAUGUUUUUCCCAUUUGAUAGGGAAAAUUGUUCUUUGGAAAAACCUCCUGCUUUUUAAACCACUGUACUGUAAAAAAAAAUAUUUUUGUAAUUAUUUUUCCAAAAAUACUCCAAAAAACACAUAGAACCAAACUUACAUUGUUUGUUACAGUCUUUAAACUCAAUUUGUUCAUUGUGAACACGGCUGUCGACAGAGAAAUGAUCACAUGUACCUGAUGUUGAGAAUCUUAAUGGUGGGGUAGAGUGCUUUUCUUCUUUGAAUGUCCCAUAAUUGUAAGGUGCCAGAACAAUAUGUGUUUUUAUCAAGGCUUUAUUUUAAAAUUCUACAUCUUCGAGUGCUUUUUUUUUUUUAAUUGCAAAGUUGAUAAACAUUUAUACUUUGUAAUAACAACAA